AUGCCGGGCUUGGUCGACAGCAAGUCUCACUUCAAGACUAUCCAGCAGUUCGAAGCAGACUAUGCCCCCGCCAGGUUCUCUCAAUAUGAGUCUUCGAGGACUGGCAUGAGGGUCGUCGUCGUUGACCGCAAGGGUCCCAAGGUCAACGGCUACUUUGCCCUGGCUACCGAGAUCCACGACGAUUCAGGCGCUCCGCACACUCUGGAGCACCUCUGCUUCAUGGGCUCGAGAAGCUACAAGUACAAGGGCGUGCUCGACCGUCUGGCCACGAGAGCUUACUCGAACACGAAUGCCUGGACUGCCACUGACCACACCGCCUACACCCUGGACACGGCCGGCUGGGAUGGCUUUGCCCAGAUCCUCCCCGUUUACCUCGAGCACGUCUUGCUCCCGACCUUGACCGACGAGGGAUGCUACACCGAAGUCCAUCACAUUGAUGGCACGGGCAAGGACGCCGGUGUCGUCUACUCCGAGAUGCAGGGGGUGCAGAACACCCAGGGAGAGCUCAUGGAACUCCAGGCCCGCCGCCUCCUUUACCCCGAGGGCAACGGUUUCCGCUACGAGACUGGCGGCAUGAUGGAACAGCUGCGCGUGCUCACCGCAGACCGCAUUCGCGCAUUCCACAAGGACAUGUACCAACCAAAGAACCUCUGCCUUGUCAUCACCGGGGAAGUGGACCACGAGAACCUCCUCUCCAUCCUGGACAGGUUCGAGGACGGCAUCCUGGAUGCUAUGCCCCCUCUGGACGCGCCCUUCAAGAGGCCGUGGGUUGACUCGGACCCGACGCUUCCCCUGACCAAGACCAUCAUCGACACCGUCGAGUUUCCCGAAGACGACGAGUCCACAGGAGAGAUUCUGAUAGGCUUCUUCGGCCCCAAGUGCAACGACAUUCUCAACGGUACGGCCAUGGACGUGCUCCUCACCUACCUGGCCGAGUCUUCUGUUUCGCUGCUCGAGAACGUCAUUGUCGAGAAAGAGCAGAUUGCAAGCGCCGUCUACUACCAGACGGACAACCGAACAGACACGGUUGUGUGGUUCACGCUCAGCGCCGUCGCCACCGAGAAGCUCUCGGAGGUUGAGAAGAGGUUCUUCGAGAUUCUCAAGGAGGCCGCCUCAAAGCCUGUCGACAUGACAUACAUGUCCGACUGCAUCGAUCGCUUGAAGAAACAGGUCAUGCUCACGACAGAGAACUCGCUGGACAGGUUCGCCGACGCCAUCAUCCAGGACCACCUUUUCGGCGAGCGGGACGGAUCGACCCUCUACGACGGCCUGCACUCACUGAAGGUGUUUGAAACCCUGAAGAAGUGGACCGACAAGCAGUGGCGAGACUUCUUGUCCAAAUGGCUUGCGGAUGCCCAUCACGUGUCCAUCCUGGGCGUCCCCUCACGGAAGCUUUCCAAGAAGCUCAAGAGCGACGAGAAAGCUCGCGUGAAGGACCAGCGAGAGCGUCUUGGCGAGGCAGGCCUGAAGAAGCUCGCUCAAAAACUCGACGAAGCCAAGGCUGAGAACGACAAGCCAAUCCCCCCGGAAAUUCUAGAGUCGUUCAAGGUCCCUGGCGUGGAGUCGAUUCACUUCAUCCCGACGACGACUGCCCGCUCCGGUCUCGCCAAGCAGUUGGGCAGCCUCGACAACGACGUUCAAAACCAUGUCGACCAGGACAAGAGUGAUAUCCCGCUCUUCAUUCACUUCGAAUCCAUACCAACCAACUUUGUUCACGUGAGCUUCGUCCUCUGCACAGGCUCGAUCCCGUUGCACCUCAAGCCUCUUCUGACGGUCUAUAUUAACAACUUCUUUACCACCCCGAUCGUACGCGACGGGAAGCGCUUGGAAUUCGAGCAGGUUGUGACGGAGCUUGAGAAAGACACCGUCACCUACCGGAUUGACGCGGGCUCUGCCAUUGGAAACUCCGAGCUUCUGCGCGUCAGGCUGUCUGUCGAGCGCGAGAAGUACGAGACGGCCAUAAACUGGCUCAAGGACAUUCUCUUCAACAGCGUUUUCGAUGUGGAGAGGCUGAAGGCUACCCUCACCAAGAUGCUGGCCGACAUUCCGGAUGAGAAGCGGAGUGGCCACGACAUGGCCUAUGCCGUCGACUCCAUGCUCCACUACGCACCAAUUUCCUCCAGCCGUACGCAGAACACGCUAGUCAAGGCUCUGUACCUGAAGCGCAUCAACAAGCUGCUUGCGAAGGAUCCUGAUGCUGUGAUAGGCCGUCUGGAGGACCUGCGCAAGAGUCUCUUGCGUUUCUCGAACAUGCGUGUUCUCAUUGUCGCCGACGUCCCGAAGCUUCCCGAUCCGGUGGCCGCAUGGAGGCCCUUCGUGGCCAGUCUCGACACGACCCAGCCGCUUGCGCCGCUGGAUUCUCGCAAGGACGCGCUCAGCGACGCGGCCAAGAACCCGGGUCAAUUCAACUACAUGAUCCCCAUGCCCACCAUCGACUCGUCGUACGCUCUCUUCACUGCGCGCGGCCCGGACUCGUACCAGCACCCUUCGCUGCCCGCCCUCAUGGUUGCUCUCUCGUAUCUCGAGGCUGUCGAGGGGCCUCUCUGGGUCGCUGUGCGCGGCACUGGCCUCGCGUACGGCACAUCGUUCGCGCGCGGCACCGACACCGGCCUCCUCGGCUACCGCAUCUACCGGUCGCCCGACACAUUCAAGGCGUACAGCACGAGCCGUGGCGUCGUCGAGGACUUCAUUUCGGGUGCUCGCCCGUUCGAAAAGCACGCGCUUGAGGGCGCCAUCAGCACCAUUGUCGAAGGGUUCGCCGACGAGCAGCCGACCAUGGUGUCGGCCGCGACGCUCGGCUUCGUCAACCAGGUCGUCAAAGGCAUCCCCAAGGACUGGAACAAGGGCAUGCUGGAGAAGGUGCGCGAGGUUGGCGUGGACGACAUCAAGGCCGUGCUGAAGGAAUUCGUGUUGCCCGUUUUCCUGCCAGGUAAGGCGAAUGUGGUCGUCACCUGCGCCACCAUCAUGGAAGAAGAUCUCAAGAAGAACCUCGAAUCCGUGGGAUUCAAGCCAGAGGUCCGCACCUUGGCGUCUUUCCAGGACGACUACGGGCUCAAGCCUGAGCCUGGCGACGAGGAAGAUGAGGCUGAGGACGAUGAAGAUGACGACGAUGAUGACGACGACGACGACGACGACGACGACGACGACGAAGAGGAAGAGGGCAGCGAAGAUGACACCGAGGACGACGAAGGCGACGCAGAGUAG